AUGCAACUAAUUGGGUAAGUUUUGAGAGAACGGAACUCGCCCGAGUGAUAACGCCGCCGGCCGAGGUUGUUUGUCUUCUCUACGGUAAAUUAAUAUAAGUGGUGGCGGAUUAGGAUCUCAUGAAGAAGCCAUCGUUUCCGGAGUGGCAUAGUUGUCCUGGAAACUGGCCACCGUACCCCUACAGCACGCCCCAAUCCCAAAUCCAUUUUCCUAACACUGCUGGCUUCGGCGCCAGUUCGGGGCCGGCGUCGGCCGCUUACCUGUCUUUAUCAGGUAAUUAGGUCAAUAAUCUGUUGCCACAUUCGGCAUUCCCCUAAUCCACAAGAUCACUGCCAUCCGCACGCAAAGCCUCAGGGCUUUAUUGGCUUUUCAUUAUCCGCAUUAAAGCCACUUUAUUCCCUAUAAUCUUAAAUACCUUAAUCGGAUUCGCCGCUUUCAACUGUUUUAAAUGUCCCAAACUGUCGAGGCCCUGUACUUUUAGCCGAGAUUAUCCUUGGGAGGCCCCUUAAUUAGCCUGAAAUGGGUUUUGAACCUGAUUUUUUUAUUUGAUUUUGAGUAUUUCAUCUAUUUGUGAAUAUUAUAGUUGGCCUAAAGGUUUAGGUAGAUAGCACGGUGCAAUAAUCAGAUAUUUACAUGGCUAAACUGAUUGUCUCAAUUUGAUUGAUAAAGGUUAAUAUGCUGUAAAGCUUUAGCCAAACUGAUAUAAUAAAAAAAGAUCAAGAACUUUUAAAAUCAACUAGCAACCUUAUGGUCAAAAAGUUUGUAGAAAUGGUCUUGAUCUUUAGUUUUAGCCGUUUUAAAACUCAACUAGACGAAAUUCUAGUCUAUAAUAACACAAACCGUUCCUGACUAGCACCCCACCUACUAUAAUAUUCACAAAUCGUUUUCCAAAAGUUCUCCACCAAAACACUUACUCCCCGUCUGGUUACCGUACCCCCGACUGAUAAGUGAUAGGGUCCCUCGAGUGGAAUCGAUUGCGAAAACCCGUUGAUUAUGCAAAUCCUGGACUCGUCGCCUGAGGGGAGAGAAGCGACUGUUCAUUCAAAAGUUUUAUUUGGGUUGCGAUUAGUCCCAUUUCUUUAUACUCCAACAACUAAUCAGCUUUCGUGAUAAUCAGCUUUGUAUUAGGCUUAUCCGCUUAUCUUUCCAGGCCGAACAAUCUCUGGAAUCCCUUCAACUACAGUAUGGUCUACAGUACGUUCGCGUCGUACCAUUUACCUUCAGCCUCGACCAGUUCCACCUCGACGCCUGGUACUCCCAAUGGAACUAGUGGUACCCCGUUCGGGCAGUAUCCAUCGAUGACAAAUCCUUUGAUGCCUGUGGCAAUGUUUUCGAAUAUUGGGGGUCACAAUGGUAAGAUUAACUAUACUGUUUUCGAAAUGACUACCUUACACUUGCCUCUGAAUAAUAUACCUUGCUUUUGUGAGAAUACAACAGCUUUUGUCUGGAAUGUUAUUUAUGGUAUAACAUAUUAAUAGCAGUAUGUGUUAUUCAUUUAUAUCUGUGAUAGCAUUUGUUAUAUUAGUAUAUGUGGACACUAAUACUUCGUAAAUUCUCCUAACUUGAAUAUUUUAGGGUUACCACCAAGAAAAAAUCGUAGAGAACGAACCACCUUCAACAGACAUCAACUAGAAGUGUUGGAAAGUCUAUUUAACUCUACUCCAUACCCAGAUGUCUUUACGAGAGAGAAGAUCGCCGAACAGAUCCAUCUACAAGAAUCUAGGAUUCAGGUAAGACAAGCUUCUAAUUUAUAAAACUUCAAAGAAAAAAGAGGGCUACGCUGUGUAAAACAUCUCAAACUUUAGGUAUGGUUCAAGAAUCGUCGCGCAAAACAACGUCAACAAGACAAGCAGAAGCCGAAGCCGCCGACCGUAGCUUCCAUGAAGCAAGAGGCGGCUAAACGAGCUGCAGCGGCCGCGGCAGCUGCUGCCAACAAUGUGAACAACAACAGUUUUGAGAUGAAUAAGGACUCAAGUCAUUCAAGUGAAAUGUCAUCACCUGCUCAGAAUUCAGAUGCCUUAUGUCAGUCCACCUCUUUCGAUGGAAGAGACCUGAGUUCUCACGAUGUUAACCAUGAUGAUGACAAGGCAACCUUUGAGUAAGUUUAUAAGAAUUCUUGUUUAAAUAUUGUAAGAUUAUGAGCUUACAAGUCUAGUAUAUAUGGUAGUUAUAAUAUAAAAAGUAAAUCUCACAACAAUGUAAUUCUAGAUGUCUAGCAAAGCUGAAUCCCUCAGAAGAACCCAUCCCACAACCCACGUUGGAGCUCCAACCUCACCUCACCGUGGACCUUCCUGUAGCUCACCCACCUCUUCUACCAGAACCCAAAAACAAUCUGACGCCCAUAGAAUCCUCUACAGAAGCGCCCACGAUGAAUCCAGAAGAACUGAGCCAGCUGAACCUCCUGAAGGCCGACUCAACCAGUGCUCUGGUCGGGGCGGGGAUGAGUUCUGCCAACCUGGGGGUGUCGUUGAUGGAGUACAACAAGGGCCUUCCAGAUGCCAGCGUUCUCUUGGGCCAAGCUUCGGCCAGACAAACCGACCUCAACGAGAUUCCCUGGUGUACGGACGGAAACUCUUUGGCCGCGUCGUUCGGCCUCGGCUCUGCUACUCCGAUCUACUCUGCUCAGAACACUUUGAAUCCUUACCUAUCGUACCCGAGUAUGGGUUACUACGGUAACAUGGGCUUUGACACCUCACUCGGCUAUCCUGGCUACCCAUUGGUCACCCCAACCUCGACUGUACUUGAAGAAGGACAAACGUACUCCGUAAUGCAGAACUCACAGAACGUACCCGCUUACACGAACCCAUACUUCUUCCCAGGACAAUGUUAA